GGGGCUCCAGUUCCGGGUCAGGCCCUCCUUCCGCCUGCCUCGGCCAGCACCAUGGCGAGCAGCGGCGGCGCCGGUGCAGCGGCGGCGGCCAACCUGAACGCGGUGAGGGAGACCAUGGACGUUCUGCUUGAGAUUUCAAGAAUAUUGAAUACUGGCUUAGAUAUGGAAACCCUGUCUAUUUGUGUACGACUUUGUGAACAAGGAAUUAAUCCAGAAGCUUUGUCAUCAGUUAUUAAAGAACUUCGAAAGGCCACUGAAGCACUAAAGGCUGCUGAAAAUACGACAAGCUGACUUUCUGGAGAAAUCCUGAUGAGUUAUGUCAAGCUCUGCAAAAGGAUUUGAAGAUUGCAUUGUUUUUAAGAAUGUACAAUGAAAUUACUGCAUGCAGCAGUGUAGACACAUUUUCUUUUUAAAGAGAAUUAUAAAACCAUAGCUUUAUAAAUCAUUGGAAAGUGGCUUACAGAGAACUAUCAGAUAUUUUUAUGUUACAUCUUACUUUUUUUAAAAAAUAUCUUGAAUGGUUUGCCAUUGCUGUCUUCAUAUUUAUGUAUUCUUUAUUCAUAGCUCUGAUAGCUUUAAUUUUCUGAGCAGUCUCUGUCCGAUAUGCACAUCUGCUGUGCCUGGUUGAAGUAUGGUGGAGCCCAUCAGUGUAAUGUAGUAGUUAUGACUUGUUGACAUUUCCAUUAUAAACAUUAAUUUUGAAUUACUUGUGCAAAAUAACUGGAUUUAUGUUGUAUUAGGCUAGAAGUUGUCAGGAUUUCAGCCACCAUUUAUGAAUUUUGAUUUAGAUUCAUUAUGUGUAUCAGAAUCUUUGAUUUUAAUGAGAACAGAAAAACAUUUCUUGUUCUGCUCCUUAACAAAGAAUAUUUAGUUUUUUAAACAUAAAGUUUGGCAGUUAAUAGAUAAGAACCAAAUCAACCAGUUGAAAAAAUUUUUGGAGACUUAAACUUUUUAAAGUAAUGGCAGUGCUAAGCUUAGUAUUGUGUCAUUUGAAUCAUUUAAAUUUAAUAAGAAUAUUAAUUGAGAAUGUGUUUCAUUUCGAGUUUAUAUACUCUGCAAAUGAUGGCCUAAAUAACAAUAAAACAAUGUGUAAUGAAACAUUUCUAACAAGAAAAAUUCUUUUCAUUUAUUACAGAAAAAUCAUUUGAGCACUUAACUAAUAAAUCUUGAGUGAUUAAUAGAUCACCAAGUAGGAAAUGUCUUUCAACAAAAUAUGUUAAUGUUUUCUGAAUGAGGAGAUGUCUAGCCAUUAAAAUCUAAUCAAAAGUUCUUUAUCAGGGAUUAUAACAUGCCUUUCUAGGGUUAUUUUUGUGUGUCCUUUUUUUCACCUGGGAAGUUUUAACUGAGAAUGGUGGUUCGAAAUAAAUUUUAGAAAAUUUAGGUUAACAUUGAUUCUGUUCUGUAAUAGACUCUCAAUGCAAUAUUUUUCUCAAGCCUAAUACAACUUCAAUUUUAUUUUAUUGUUUCUUAAAUAUCAGACUUUGUUAGCUUCCAUUUGAAUGAUACUACAAGCUUUCACUCUUUAGCAGGAUUCUUCUUCAGACAUGCUGAAGUGGUUUUAGUAAGUCUUAGUAAUAUUUAAAUGGCAACCCUCUGUCCUGUUGUUUUAAAAAUCUAGUCUUUGGACUAUUGACUUUUUAAAUGCAUGGUAUCUUUACCAAGUGCACUGGAAGGUCUAUUGACAAAACUAGUUGGGGGAUAAUAACAACUUGUGAAUAGACAUUUAUUUGAUAAUAAGCACUGAAAACACUGCCUGUUGUCAUUUAUUAAUCAUAAGAGAACACUUUUGUCAGGCUCCCAUAUUUGUAUAUACUUUUUGACCAUUAGAAGUAAUAGUUUUAUUUAUGACUUUAUAGAUUAAGUUAUUUAGGUAUGAAACAAAGCAGGAAAAUAUAUUUGAGAAGGAGUUAUGUUUACAGAGGACUUCCUUAAUGUGUUACUUUUCUUAAAUGUAAACAUAUAUUUUUAAUGCAUAUGUAAGUAAUAUUUAAGGAAACCAAGCAAAAUAAUGAUACAGUCACAGUGUUGUGUGUGUUGUCAAUGACAAAAAUAAAAAAGUUUGAUAGUAUUGAUAUGUACUCUGUGCUUCUGUGAAUUCAACUUGUGUGUAAUUCUGUAGAUAUUUAAAUGCUUGUUACCUAUGAUUGAAUACUGCAUAAAGACUUUAUAAUUUAGUGUAAAUUGUAUGUGAAAUGAAAUACUUUUGCCUAGUAGUGAAAGGAGAUGGGUACCUUAACAUUGCCCCAGGCUUAAAAACAGAGUGGGCUUUUCAAAUAGC